AUGGGACCUUCCCAGGAGAUAAGCUUUGGAUUUCGACCGAAAAAAGAGAUCUUCUCCUGCCCAAAAUGCCUGCGUGGGUUCAGCCGCAAGAGCAACCGGAACCGGCACUUUAAGUACGAAUGUGGACAUGAACCGAGGUUCAAAUACCCCCUGGAGCCGGACGAGAGUUCAGAAGUUUCUAGCCGACCUUCCGGUAAAAAAUUUGUAGCCACCUGUCCAAAUUGCCAGAAGGGCUACCAACGCGCGGCGUCUCUGAGACGACACUUGAAAUACGAGUGCGGACAAGCGCCAAAGUUCAAGUGUCCUUAUUGCGAUUUGCGCACCAAGCAAGCGUCUCCUAUUUACACCCACACGGCCUGGAGCGCGGUUUUUGAAGACACUAAGCCCUUUCCUAAUCCGAACGCUGAGGCGGAAAGAGAAAUUAGUUUAUUUACUUGCAAAAGUUGUUUUAAGAGUUACCACUACUACCAAUCGUUGAAGCGGCACUUGAAGUUUGAAUGUGGAAUGAAGCCCGGGUUUAAAUGUCCUUACUAUAGUUGGCUGAACUUUGAAGAGUUCCCGGGGAUGAAGAGCGAAGACAAGGAGGUAACAGAAAUGGGGGCAAACAAUGGGACGGGGAUGGAAAUCCCAGUAGCAGACUUCACGACGUAUGAGCAGCUGCAACCCCAGAGAGGUCGCAAGAGAUCCCUUUAUAAAAAUCACGUUUGUCCGAAGUGCUAUCGCAGUUACAAACGCGGUAGCCAUUUAAAUCGUCACAUGCGAUUCGAAUGUGGACAAGGCCCGAGGUUCAGGUGCCCCUACUGCGAUUUUUUGAGCAAACAGUCACCGAAUAUUUAUAAGCAUAUUAGAAAAAACUCUUGGGACCAACAAGCAACCUCAUCAGUAUCAUUAUUAGUGCGAUCAAGACGUGCCAAAAGAACACAAGACCUCCUGAGUGUACAAUAUUACGCCUGUACGACGUGUUUUAAGAAAUACACACGAAACGCGGAUCUACUGAGACAUGUGCGUAAUGAGUGCGGUCAAUCUCCGCCCUUUAAGUGUCCGCACUGCUCACCGUGGAACCAACAAGCAACCUCAACAGUAGCUUUAGGACAAUCGAAGCCUGUCAGAAGAAAACAAGACCACCUGAAAGUAAAACUCCACGGCUGUCCUAGGUGCUUUAGGAAGUACAAGCGAAACGCGGAUCUAAGAAGACAUAUGUUUAACGAGUGUGGUCAAUCUCCGCGCUUCAAAUAUAAAAUAAUUCCCCUGGAACAAGAAUGGCCGAUGAUUUUCAAAGAAGAAGUCGAGCUGAGUGUAAGAACCCAAGAAAGAGUGAUUCGUCCGCGAAUAUUCAGAAUUUUGAAGAAACAGAAACAGAAGCUGAUGAAGAAUAAAAGAAUCCCGGACAACGUUUCCUGCUCAAAGUGUCACAAAGUUUAUAAGUACUCGAGGAAUUUGCAAAGACACUUGAAGUUCGAGUGCGGAUUGAACCCGAGGUUCAAGUGUCCCUACUGCAAUUACUGCUCUAAGCAGUACACGCCGAUUUAUUCUCACAUCCGCAGACGACAUUUAGGACAAGAAGUCCGUACGAGGUUCGCGGACCCAGCGUACUCUGGUCUGGAGAAGAUGAGGAUCUUCAAGAGGGAUAAACUGAUGAAGAGUUACUACUGUCCUAAUUGUGGGAAGAGUUACUCCCGAAAGUGGCUGCUGAAGAGACACGUUUCUUUUGAGUGCAACAAGGAGCCAAGGUUCAAGUGUCCCUAUUGCGAUUACAAGGCCAAGCAGUCUCCUAAUGUUUAUCCUCAUGUCAGGAAAAUGCAUCCUGGAUUUAAUGUUUUUUUUGUUUGCGCUUGGUGGUCGGUAGAUGAAGUAAUGCUUGCAGAGUCGCGGGUGAUAAAGUCUCAGCGGGAUCUGUGCUCGGUGAUAAUCAAGGAGGAGGUAGAAGUAGCGGAGCUUCAGUUCCCGAACCCCCUGACGCUCCGGAACAGGGGAGAGACGUUGAUGCAACAGUUGAAGACUCACACGUGUCCCAGGUGCUUUAAAAGCUACAUGCAUGCGUGGCACCUCAAGCGACACAUCAGGUUCGAGUGUGGCCAGGAGCCAAAGGUCCAGUGUCCCUACUGCAUGGUCAAGAUGAAGCAAAGAGGUCACGUCUACCGACACAUCCGGCGGUGUCACAGGGGACAAAAUGUUUACGUCAUCGAUCUCAAUUAA